UCUCAACAUAGAUAAAUAUCGAAUAUGAGAAGUAAAGUUAAUAGAUGAAAAUGAUACAAUAAGAGCAAGAACAAAUGCCAAAUUGCAGUGAGUCUUAGAGCUGUAUAAAGAUAAGGUAAUUAACAAAUUCUUCAAGAAAAUGUCCUCAUGUACUACUAGUACUGCUACCUCUAACAUUUUCUCGAGUGGGGAUUAUGCAACUAAGGUCCAAAUGGUAGAAGCAGGAACAAGCUUUCAUGAGGUUCCAAUUCCACCUCCCAAACCACUUUUGAUUGCUAUGCCUAUGCCUUUGCCAUCUCAAUCUCAAGAUGGAGAAUUCCCACUUCUAGUUUUCUCCCAUGGCUUCCUUCUCUACAACUCUUUCUACUCUCAACUCCUUCGACAUGUUGCUUCUCAUGGCUUCAUAGUUGUUGCUCCUCAGUUAUAUACUAUGGCUGGACCAGACACAAACGAAGAAAUCAAAUCUACAGCUCAAGUAAUAGAUUGGUUAUCUGAAGGACUACAAAACUUGCUUCCCCAACAUGUUAAGGCAAAUCUAAACAAAGUGGGAUUAGCCGGCCAUAGUCGUGGUGGGAAAACCUCUUUUGCACUUGCUUUAAGUAAGGAGAUAAACACUACCCUUAAGCUUUCUGCACUAAUAGGAGUUGACCCAGUUGAUGGAAUGGACAAAGGAAAACAAACCCCUCCACCAGUUCUUACUUAUGUUCCUCAUUCUUUUGAUCUUGAUAUGCCUGUAAUGGUCAUUGGUUCUGGUUUAGGUGAAGUUAAAAGGAAUCCUCUGUUCCCUCCUUGUGCUCCUAAGGGUGUUAACCAUGUGGACUUCUUUAAGGAAUGCAAAGAACCUGCUUGUUACUUUGUGGUUAAGGAUUAUGGUCAUCUUGAUAUGUUGGAUGAUGAAACUAAGGGAAUUAGAGGCAAAUUAUCCCACUGUUUGUGUAAAAAUGGCAAGUCUAGAGAACCCAUGAGAAAGUUUGUUGGAGGAAUUAUGGUUGCCUUCAUGAAAGCUUAUCUAGGAGGUGAUAGCAGCAGUUUAGUUGCUAUAGAGAACAAGAGUGAGACUCUUCCAGUUGAACUUGAAACUGUUGAGUUUCAUUUAUGAAAAAUAGCUCAAUCAAUGGUUUGGUUAUGGCUGCUGAGUAUUGGAGUAGUAGUGCUAUUAUGCAUGUCUUCUAUAUAUACAUAAGAAAAUAGAAUUUAUAUUUAUGUGUAUAAUGAUCCAAAUGUACAACUUCAUUUUCAGAUUCCAAUGAAGCACUUGAUGGUGAAAAUCAUAACUUACAAA